UGGAGGAAAACAAACAUAAAUCGCUUUCUAAAGGAACAAGUUUUUCGACCUUAUUUGCUGAAACACAUGUUGACUAAGAUGACAAUAUGGCGUUCUUAUGUCCUUCGCAGUUAAACAUCAAGAAAAAAGUUUUGCAUGGAAAAUCGCCACUCUCACCACGAGAAUCGCACAGUGCUGAUGGAGAAGCGAGCAGCUCUACCUCGGAGUACAAAUCAGCUUUAAAAAGUCCCAGUUCUUCGACUGACUCGAGCCAAAAGGCAAGCGAACAAAGAACUGUCCGAAUUAAAGACACUAAACACGAAAAUCUAAUUGAUAGAAAACUCAAAGUUGCCACUUCGUCAAAACCAGCAAACAUUCGCGCAAAAAUAAUCCAGGAUUUUGUCUCUACCGAGGAAGAAGAGCUAAAUGUGCAGAAAGAUCGAUAUGUUAUAAUACUAUACCAACAAAAUGACUGGCUUUAUGUCAAAGAUUCAACUGGCMAAGAAGGUUUUAUUCCAUAUUCAUAUUGCUCAACGUUUAACGUGUCUAGAGACUCUAAAUCUAGUACUUCUGGUUAUGAAGAAAGUUUUGAAGGAAGUGAUGACUACGAACAAGAAACUCGAAAAUAUCAGUACAAAAGAACUAAGCACACAAUCCGUACAACGUACUUUCCCAAACGACCUUAUGGUCCUAAAAUGACAGUACUUUAUAAUUACAAAGCAAAGUUUGAGAACGAUGUUAGGGUCAUAAGAGGAGAGAGUGUCAUGUUGUUGAACGACCAGGAUCCAGAGUGGUUGUGGGUAGCGACGGAAGAUGGUGAAGAAGGUUUUAUUCCUCGCAAUUUUGUCAUAUCUCAUACUUGUGAAGGUUGUCGAAAGCGGAUUUCGCAAAAGCCUUCCUCGUCUAAAUGUUUCAAAAAUUCAGCCAUAAACCUGUCCGAUACUAGUACCACCUCCAGGAAAUCUCAACCUUCGUCAGACCCUGCAUCUUCUUCUUCCAGUCUUGACAAGAUUCAUACUAUCAAAGGCACAAAGCUGAUUGCGUUAUAUGAUUUUGAAGGAACAGCAUUUGAUGAUCUUACUGUACUUGCUGGAGAGUAUGUGUAUGCUAAUCUAAAGGACCAAGUUGUCCCACAUUGGACAUGGGCUUAUUCACCUUAUAGAAAACGUUCAGGAUUCAUUCCCGAGGAAYAUCUAAAAGAGCCUGUUAUCACCGAUAUAUGAAAUAACCAUCACGUGACCGCUAGUUUUCGGCACUAGCGCACCAUAGUCCUAAAGCUAUCACUUGAAAAAGCAAUGAAAAGUUCCAAUGGUAUUCUUGCUUUCCAGUCUGAGCCUUGUUGAUUAUUCUUAAAAGUCCAGURAAGGCGUGAAUAGCCUUGAAUCUAUGUGUAAAGUGAUUGUUUACGCUAUUGUUUUAUAUCCUAGGAACGAGGCUGUUACGCUGCUACUUGAUUUUUAAGAAUUCAAUUUUAAAAAGUGCAAUCAAAGCGCGGAUAGUCUCCUUCACGGUUAAGUGCGACAUCCUGAAAGGUAGCCGUGCCUUUACACCGAAGCGAGACAACCGUUGUGUGUGCAAUGAUAGAAACAUGUGAAUAAUUGUCUGUAGGKGCGAAAGAAGGUUUAUAUCAUUGCACGCUCAACACCUUUCAGGAUGGCGCAGGUAACCCCGAAGGAGACUGUUGCAAACCAGUGCGCUUGGUUGAUUACAAUCCAAAUGUUAACAACUACAACUACGUAUGAUAGAUGAGCGGUUUCGUUUGAGAGGAGAACAAGCCAUAGAGUGUCUAUGACGCCUAUGUAUAGUACUUUUACUUCAUUUCAUGCCGGAAUAUUCAAACAAUUCUAUUAAGCAUUCGGCAACUGAUGGUAUGGAAUAUACCCRGGCAGUUUCCYUCUUACGAAAUUGAAUUCCACUGUAUAAGUCAAAAGACUUGCUACGAAAUUCACUCAUUCAAACAAUAUAUAUGCUUUAUUAUGUAUACACUCAUGACUACAAAUAUUUGUUUUCUUAAUCUAAUAUAAAACUUUGUAAAAUAGUAAUGCAAUCGAUGAUGCAAAUAUCGAAAAUAGAUUUGAUAUAUGAUAUUAUAUACUCUGGUUAUAAUAAAAUUUUAUACUUGA